UGUGCUGACGUGUCGGCCCCCUCCCGCCGGCCGCCAACAUGGCUGCAGCGCCGCUGCCCGGGGCCGCGCUCCCGCUGCUGCUCCUGCUCCUCCUGCCGCUGCCCUGCGGCGCCGGCCCCGCGCUGGACCGCCGCUUCGCCGAGCUCAAGCGCUGCGCCGACCCCGAGUGUAGCAUGUUAAUGUGUCGAGGGAAAGCUACACAAGACUUUAAAGGUCCAGACUGUCGCUUCGUAAAUUUUAAAAAAGGAGAAACAGUAUACGUAUACUACAAAUUAAUAAGAAAAUCAAUUGAACUUUGGGCUGGAAGUGUUGGCAGUGAUUUUGGAUAUUUUCCAAAGGAUUUACUUGAAAUAAAACAUCAUUAUAUCGAUUAUGAGCUUGAAUUACCAACAGAUGAAACAGAUUUUGUUUGUUUUCAUGGAGGAAAAGAUGAUUUUGAUAAUUAUAAUGUGGAUGAGCUUUUAAAAUUAUCAGAGGAAACUAUAGCAAAUGGAGGGCAAUCUGAUUUGAAUGCUGAUUUGAAAGACGUUUUUGAACAAAUCACAAGGGAGGAAGAGACAGAAGAGGUUGAUACUGAGACUGAUGUUUUUGAAUUAAGUACAGAAGAAAGGAAGGAAAGAGAAGAAGAAGACAGCUCACUUUCUAAAAAGACUGAAAAUGUGAAGAGAGACCUCAUAUCCCAGGGAGAUACCCUCAUUGUAAACAGUAAUGAAGAAAAUUCUCAGGGAGACCAAAUGUCACAUGAGCAUUUGACAGGAAUAUUACAAGAACAAUUAGAAGGGCUUGAAAGUGAAAAUACCAAAAACUCGAGUAUUCCUCAGGAUGAAGCCAAACAAUCAGAAAAGGAGAGUGAAGAAAUUGAUGCUUAUGCACUUUUAAACAGAGAGCUAUCUAUGAAUUUGAAAACCAAAUUUGGUUCGACUGCAGAUGCUCUUGUGUCUGAUGAUGAGAUAACCAGUCUUGUUACAUCACUGGAAGAUGAUUUUAAUGAAGACACUCAAGAUACAGAAAACCUGGAAGACCAUAAGGAUCAUUCUGAAGAAAUCCCCUUGCUGUCAUUUGUAGAAGAGGAAGAAGCUAAUUCUCUACUCGAUUCAGAAGCAGAAGUACGUUUAGUCGAUAAAAAUGCUGACUUUAAGUCAGAAGAAGUUGAACCUGAUGAAGCCCCUGAGGAUGCCACAGAAUUAAUUAACGAAAGAGAUUAUGGAAAAAAAGAUGAUUCAGAUUUAUUAACAUCUGUUGAGGACACCAUCUAUUCAAUUGUCACUGGGAAUGAAAAAAGAAAUGAUGAUACCGAUGUCAACAAGUCUGAUACAGCAGAAGAAAAGGAAGAAGAGGAUGAGGUGAUUCAUAUUAGUAAGGAGAAAAAACAAGCAGUAAAAUCCAAGCUCAGGGACCUAACUGAAGAAGAUCUUAUAGAAAAGGAAGGGCACCUCGUAGAUGACCUAGACCUAAAGGAAAAGACAAACAAAAGUAAACAGUAUGAGGAAUUUUCCCUUGAUGGUGGAUCUGAAGAACUGCAGAGCACAUCUGAGAAUGGUCCUAGCCAGGAAGUUGACCUGGAGUCUAAACAACCAACUGAAAAAAAGCAAAAUGUUCUAAAGCUACCCCUCAGUGAAAGCAAAGAGGAUCCUGAGGAAACGACUCUUCAUAAAAUAAUGAAAGAGACAGAGAAGCCCAGGGAGAUUUUGGAGGACAGCUUGGAAAAUGAAACAAAGCACAAAACAUUAUGGAAAAAUAUGAAGGACAGAAAAGUAGCUGUGGGUCAGGAAUCUGUAAAUGUUCUACACAAACCCCUGGAAGAGCUACAAAAUGUAUCCCAAAGUGACCUGGGGAAUACUGAUCUCUUGGAUGGCAAAGAACAGGAAAUUUCGCUUACACAGGCACAAGUAGUUCAGAAGGAUGAAAAGGAUUUAGAACAAGUGAGGGUGCCUGAGACAGAAACACAUGUUUUCAGAGAGGAAGAAGUUGCAAUUCCAAGGGAAAAGGUGAAAAAAAUUCCCACAGAGAAGAAAGACCUGAGUAAUCAGCGUGAGAGAGAAGCAGCUGUCAAGCAAGCUAGGGAACAGGAAAAUGAGACCAGGUAUACAGAAGAAGGUGUAGAACAAGAGCUUUCUCGAAAUGCUGACCAGACAGUAGCAGACAAAACCACUGGUGAAAGUCCUGCUGAAGAUCAAUCCACAAACACUGAACAGGAGGUGAACACAGAUAGUUCUAAUCAACAAGACGCUGCUGACAGUGAGGAUCAAAACCUGGACAAAGCUUUUGGUACAGACCUAACCAGAGAAACAACGUUAAAACCAGAACUUGAGUCUGAAGAGCUGGAAGUUGAAGAAGACUAUGACCCAAAACAAAUGGAGGAAGAGCUGUUAGAAGAUGAAAAUGCUGCAAGUGCAAAACUGUCAAAAGAGAGAUUUGCAAGUGGACAUGAUAGUAAAUUAAACAUGAAAAGACAAAACCCAGAGUUGGAAAUUCCAACUGAAGCUAUUUCAGGAACUGCUAAUCCUAUUCAUGAAACUGAUGAAAUAGGAGAGGAAGUAAACAUAACAUCUGAGCAGGCUGGAAAAAGGAGCAGCAUGCAGGAUGUGAGCGAGAUUAAGAAUGAAGAGCUUGACAUACAAAUCAAAAAACCUUCUCAACUGAAUGACAUGGAAGAUGACAAAGAUGAUGAUAAAGAAGUCCCUGUAACAUUAGAAUCAUCUGAAGUGGAAAAUGAGGAUGGAAUAACUUUGUCAGAUGAUGCUGGUUCUUCUGAAAUGGUGGACUCUAAAGAUGUCUUUAAUCAAAGAGAAGAUCUCCGACAGGACCACUUAUGGAAGAAUAUGAAAGAUGUGGAGAACUUAACUGAUCAGGAAACAAAUGAUCACCAACAGUCUUCAUACCUCCAUGGGCCUGCUGAUAUCUCAGGAACCACAAAUGAAGUUAUGAAGCCAGAAUAUAGAGACUCUGUGAAGCAGCUUAUGAUAAUGAAAGAAUUCUUUGAUGAAAAGCGUGUGGCACGUCUAAAAAAAUAUCUUGGGCCCCAGCACAUUGUCAGGGUAGAAGCAAUGUUUCAUGACAUGAAAUUGGAGCUGGAGCUUGCUCAGAAAGGUAAUAAUAAUCAUGAGACUAUUGAAAAGACUUUGGACCAGAUCCUUGAGUCUUCUGAGUCUAGCAUUAUGGAUGUUGUGGAAAACGUUUUGGAUUCAAGGGUGACAGAAAACAAAGAGGAGGUGGUAAAAGAAAUGGAUCUGUAUGACGAAGAAACUGCAGUGAUGGAUGAUAUUCAGGAAUUAAUAUAUUCCUUAAGGCACAAAUAUUCAGCUGUUUUUGACAGUGCUCCCCUUGCAUCCACUGCAGAUCAUGGAAUGGAUUCUAGGCUGCGUGUUGCAGAUACUGCAAAAGAAAUUCAGUAUGACAGACACCCAACAGGAAGCCCAAAUAUGGCUGAAGAGAGUGAUCAGACAUUUCCACAACUUGAGGAUAGGAGGCCACUCCAGUCCCCUGAAGGGGAGGAGGAAACUUUUAAACCAGGGAAUCCUGAGCAUGAUAUAAAUAUUGUCAAACAGGCCAACAUCUUGGAAAAAAGAGAAGUCCAUCAAAAUGAGAAAGGAAAGCAAUUGACAGAUGCGUCAUUUGGGUCCAGUUCUUUGGGGCAAAGUGACACAGAAGAUUUUACUGCAGGUACAGUCCCUGGUGCAGAAGAGAAGCACCCUCCUUCUGAGACACAGCCUGCAGCACCCUCCCUCCUCGCCACCUUCAGCGGUGCAAUUGUGGGGGCCAAAGACAACGUGCGACCUGUCACAGAGACGCUGGUAGCCGCACUGCCUGAGGAUUUUCGGCCUGGGCCUGAUUUCCAUGGACUUCCCUGGGAACCCAUCCUUAUCACAGCCUUAGUGGGAAUUGCUACACUUGUUGUAGUCUUCUGGAGAACCUGCCUUUCCGUGAAGAGUAGAAUUUAUCAAGUGACUGAAAAGCAACUUGUUGAAAAGAUUAAAAAUCUCCUACAAGAAAAAACAGAAAUUUUAGAAAAGAUGUCUGAAUAUGAUCAAAAGAUAAAUGAAGCCAAGGAGUCUGUGAAGGUGGCUCAACAACAGAACACUAGCCUCUCACAUGAAGCUGCAGGGCUUAAGGACACUGUCAAGGAACUUGAAGAAACAAAUCAUCUGUUAGAUGACAAAAUGGGAAACUUGCACAAAAUGCUAGAAACAGAGAGACAGCAGAAUCUGAAAAAACAGGACAAAAUCUUAGAAAUGCAGAAGUCUUUGGAGAAACUACAAGAAGUUAUUACGCUUCACUCUGUAGAGCUUACGGAGGUGCAGGUAGCUCUUAAUGAAGCCAAAUUAAGUGAAGAAAAAGUGAAAUCCGAACUUCGUCAUGUUCAAGAAGAGAAUGGUAGACUCAAAAAGAGGAAGGAGCAACUGCUACAAGAAGCAGAAGGCUGGAGUGAGAGGCAUGCUGAGCUCAGUGAGCAGAUCAAACUAUAUCAGAAGUCUCAAAAGGACAUAGAAGAAGCACUUGCCUACAAAGAAAAUGAAAUUGAAGUGUUGACUAACUGCAUUAUGCAGUUGAAGCAGUUGGAUAUGGAUUCUGAGUCUGAGGCCAAAAAAGGAGAAGGAAAUGGAUGGGAUGCAGGAGAUGAUUUGGCCAAUGGAGAGCUGCCAGAUAGCCGGAGUGAGAAGAUGAAGAAUCAGAUUAAGCAGAUGAUGGAUGUUUCCAGGGUUAGAACAAUGUUAUCUAUAGUUGAAGAAGACAGAAAUCUCUUACAGUCUAAGCUGAGUGAUGAAAUAACAGCCAGACAUGAGCUAGAAGAGCAAAUAAAAAAACUAGAACAUGAUUCCUGUUCGCUACAGACAGCCAAAAGUCGACUUGAAAAUGAUUGUAAAACUUUACAGCAGAAAGUAGAGAUUCUUAACGAGCUCUAUCAGCAGAAAGAGAUGGCACUUCAAAAGAAGCUGACUCAAGAGGAAUACGAGCGUCAGGAGAAGGAGCAGAAAUUGUCUGCUGCAGAUGAAAAAGCAGUGUUGGCUGUUGAGGAAGUGAAAGUUUACAAGCAAAGAAUUCAGGAAAUGGAGGAAGAAUUGCAAAAAACAGAGAGAUCUUAUAAAAACCAAAUUGCUACUCAUGAGAAGAAGGCCCAUGACAAUUGGCUCAUUGCACGCUCUGCAGAGAGAGCUUUGGCAGAAGAAAAGAGAGAAGCAGCCAAUCUGAGACAAAAAUUAAUAGAAGUGAAUGAAAAAAUCACAAUGCUUCAAAGGCCAUUAAUUGUAAAACCAACUCCUGGCAGACCUGACCGUCAAGUCCCACCACGAAGAGGUCCACUAAGCCGAGAUGGCUCUUUUGGGCCAUCACCUGUCAGUGGUGGAGCUCCUUCUCCACCCAUGAUGGAAGCUCCUGUACGGCCCCUCUCUGCUCCUCGAAGGGAAGGUCCAAGAGGUGAAUUCGGCUCCAUGGUGGAUGGUCCUCCAGCACCAAGGAGGCCACCGGAGUUAUCUGGAAGAAUGUCUGCUCCAGAUCUUGGCCCUGCGGUAGCAGCCUUGAUGAACAGUGGGCCCAGAACCUCCUCGCCCUCCGCAGCAUUGGAUGGAGUGCAAAACUGUCCCAAAGAGUCUGAAGUCCCUUAUGUAUCUCCUGCUCCAUCCUCAUCUCCUGAAACAGAUGCAGCUAAUCCAGGGCCGAAGGGUCCCCCCCCUUUCUCUGGAAUUGGGAAUUCACCCAUAAUGAAUUCUCCGGGGACUGGACCUCCACCACCACCAGUUAGAUUUGGACCACCACCUUCUCUGCGUGGACACUAUGGGCCUCGACCCCUUCCUCUGCCCUUAGUUCGUGGUCCUCUCCCACCACCUCCAGCUUCAAGGGACUACAUACCUGGCCCACCAGGAAUGAGAGAACUGCCUCCUGGUCCUCUGCCACCUCCAGAUCCAAGAGGAUAUAUACGUGGACCCCCUCCUUUCAGACCAUUGGGCCCUCUUGGCCCAAGAGAUUAUCCUCCUGGACCACGGUUACCCCCACACCCACAUGGUCCAAGGGACUAUCCCCCUCCUCCUCCAAACAGAGACCUGCCUCCAGCUGGACCUAGAGACUACCCACCAGGCUCUCUGCGUCCACCAUCACCAGCAGGCUCAAGGGACUACACACAACCCCCAGAACAGAAACCUUAACUUGCAUCUCUGGCAAGCAGCUCAUUGGAAUAGACUCUAGCACCUUUCCUCCAGUGAGACUUCUCAGUAGCGUCAAAGGAGAACUACCUUUUUAAUUUGGUCUUUAGACUUGGUUUCAGCAUAGUACAAUACUUGCAGGAUGGAUUUCCCCUGUUGCUACCAACAUUUAAUAUGCAUUUAUGAUCACUUUUAAACUUGGCCUGCAAGAAUCAUUUUGUGAUGGACUUGAACCUGCUUCUUACAGCUGUGGGCCACCUGCAGCUCUAAAUGUGCAAUACAAAAGUACCUGUGUGGCUGGUUUUAAUUAAAUGUAACCUAUGUAACCAGUUGGUGAUGACUUAAUUUCAUGAAAUAUGUAAUCGGAACGUUUCCUGUGGAAAUAAUUUUUUAAGUAAAAUGCUACCCUAUCUGCCUUCUCCAUCACAUUAUUAACCUGCAGUUACUGUAGCCCAUUGGCUUACAUAUAGAGUGUACAUAUUUUUCAGGUGGCUGAUCUUUGAUCAGGUGCACAAAUUACACUGUACUCAGAAGAUUCUAAUAAAGACAGCAGAAUGGUU